CAAUAACAGUUGGACAAAUCGGUCCUUUAAGCAACCCUAAAACCCUAAUCAGCUCUCCACUCUCAUAUAUCUGCCUCUCAUUUUACAUCACAGCCGAAACACACGAGGCCAGAGCUUGGAGAGCUGCUACAAUUCAACAAUGGGAGCGUACACUUACGUGUCGGAGCUAUGGAGGAAGAAGCAGUCGGAUGUGAUGAGGUUCGUGCAGAGGGUGAGGUGCUGGGAGUAUCGUCAGCAUCCUUCGAUUGUUAGGGUCACUCAUCCCACUCGCCCUGAUAAGGCCCGUCGUCUUGGUUACAAGGCUAAGCAGGGUUAUGUUGUAUACCGUGUCCGUGUGAAACGUGGUGGACGCAAGAGACCCGUUUCUAAGGGUAUUGUGUAUGGAAAGCCAACAAACCAGGGUGUGACUCAGCUGAAAUUUCAGCGCAGCAAGCGAUCAGUUGCCGAGGAACGUGCUGGGCGAAAACUUGCUGGCCUGAAGGUUCUCAAUUCUUACUGGGUUAAUGAGGAUUCAACUUACAAGUACUUUGAAGUAAUUUUGGUUGAUGCUGCUCACACUACUAUCCGCAAUGACCCAAGGAUCAACUGGAUUUGCAACCCUGUACACAAGCACAGAGAGCUCCGUGGACUCACCUCUGCUGGAAAGAAAUACAGAGGUCUGCGUGGAAAGGGUCACCGCAAUCACAAAGCACGACCUUCAAGAAGGGCUACCUGGAAGAGGAACAAUACAUUGUCUCUCCGUCGUUACCGUUAAUGCUCAUAGAGUGCUGUCUGGCACUAAUAUCAUUAUUCUGUUGGACUUCGAGUUUAUUGUUUCUGUUUUCAAAGCUAAGGAUUCAUCUUUGAGCAUUACCAACGUUCUGGGUUCUGGAUACUAAAUUUUGUGCUUGUUUUGGUUACAUUUAUAAUGGAUUUGUCAACUUCCUUGA